GACGUCAGCUGGCGCGGCGGUGAUGACGCGCAGUGUUUAUGUCCCGCUGCAGCCGUUGAGGUGACGGUUCCGCCGCCACCAUGGCGAUGUUCCGGAGCCUGGUGUCCUCGUCUCAGCACCGGCAGCACCAUUCCCACCAGAACCCGGCCGCCCCCUCUUCCGCCGACAGCCUGGAGACCCAGUUCGGCUGCCCCAUCUGCCUGGAGGUGUACCACAAGCCCGUGGCCAUCGGCAGCUGCGGACACACGUUCUGUAGUGAAUGUUUGCAGCCAUGUCUUCAGGUCCCUUCGCCACUCUGCCCACUCUGUCGUAUGCCGUUUGAUCCAAAGAAAGUGGAGAAAGCCUCCAAUGUAGACAAACAGCUCUCUUCAUAUAAAGCCCCAUGCAGAGGAUGCACUAAGAAGGUGACCCUCGCAAAGAUGAGAUCCCACAUUUCUUCAUGUGCCAAGGUCCAAGAACAGAUGGCAAACUGUCCAAAGUUUGUUCCUGUAGUCCCAACGUCUCAGCCUAUUCCCAGUAAUAUUCCAAACCGUUCCACCUUUGUGUGUCCAUACUGCGGAGCCCGAAACCUGGACCAGCAGGAGCUCGUGAAACAUUGCAUGGAGAAUCAUAGAAGUGACCCUAACAAAGUGGUGUGCCCAAUUUGUUCAGCAAUGCCAUGGGGGGAUCCCAGCUAUAAGAGUGCCAAUUUUCUUCAGCAUCUGCUCCACCGGCAUAAAUUCUCUUACGACACAUUUGUGGAUUACAGCAUUGAUGAAGAAGCCGCAUUACAAGCAGCGCUCGCCCUGUCGCUGUCGGAGAACUGAAGACUUAGUUUAGGCACAAGUUUUCCCUUCUCGGUGUCGCCUACGGCCGAGGCUUGUACAUUCCUUUCAAAACUAGCUAAUAACAUUUCCUUUUCCCUCCCCUCA